UUUAGUCGAGUUCACCAAAGGCAGGUCCGAAAGAGGAAGAGAGAGAUGGCAUCUGGUUGGGGAAUCAAUGGCACCAAAGGCAGGUGCUACGAUUUCUGGGUUGACUUCAGCGAGUGCAUGUCCCGUUGCAGAGAGCCCAAGGACUGCGCUCUCCUCCGCGAAGACUAUCUCGAAUGCCUCCACCAUUCCAAAGAGUUUCAGAGAAGGAAUCGAAUUUAUAAGGAAGAGCAACGUAAAUUGAGAGCUGCUGCACGGAAAAACAAGGACAGUGCAGAUGGUGUUCACCAUCAUGCAUAGUGAUAGUUUGUGAUCCUUUAAAUUUCCAAGAAUAAUAAUGCAUGGAGAUUGUUGUUUUUAUUUUAUUUUAUUUUUUUGUUGGCAUUUUUCUAAAUGACCUUGGUUUCCCCAUCCUUGGAAAGAACAUUGUUGUUUUGAGCCUGUGCAACAGAGGCAAUGAUGAAAUAUUUCACCACAACACCCUGGGUGUGGCAGCACCAUUGAUUUGA